GCAGUAGAUGUACUUGCUCUUUAAAGAGCCAGCCAGAUGAAUACAUUGUGCAGUUAUGUAGCUUGUAAGAAAGAGGACCCGACUAGACAGGGGACAGUUACUCUAGACUAGACAGGGGACAGUUACUGUAGACCAGCUUUACGGCCUCCAUUGGGCCCGAGAAGUCCCUUUAAAACUGCUGUUUGUGGAACAGAUAAUUGGGUUAGCCACAUGCUAGCAGGCUAACUGUGUUUGUUUUUCCCCUCUCGACGAGCUCGCUAUGUGAGCGAGCUAGCAGGCGGCUAACCUCGCUAAUACUGCGCGUUUUUUUAAUUCACCUCAGCCAUGGUGUCUUCUGGAAAAUAACUCUCCCGCCCUCGUCUACCAAGUGUUCCGGCAAAGAUGUGGCAAAGUGUCGGACUCACAUUGCUGGUCAUUGUGGCCACGCUGUUGUGUGCGCUUAUCUUCAUGUUGUGUGGUUGGUAUGUAGUCUGGCAGCUCUUCCUGUCCAAGUUCAAGUUCCUGCGCGAGCUCGUCGGAGACGCGGCGGCCCCGCGGGCUGAGAGCCAACCGUCCGAAAGCAGGGGCGAGCGCGCCGCCGACGUCCCCGCGCGGCAUCGUCCCAGGACCGCACGCCAAAGAGUGUCCUUUCCGGAGAGCGGCACCUUGUGAGAUGCGCUCCUCUACACUAAACAAGGUCCGAGGUGAGGUAGGAAGCCUCACUCUUGAACCCAGACACUUGAAUUUGGAGCAGGCAGAUGUCCUGGCUUUUAAAGGGAUUUAGAGCAGCAUCCAUUAGGGCAUGUCACCACUUCCUGUGUUUGGACUUUGCACACGUUCACCUCCCAGAAGUGCAAUGAAAGGAUUCAUGCAGUCCAGUAGUGAAGAAGCUGCUACACACUAGAUGUCUACCUGCUGCAGUUAAAAAAAAAAAAAAACGCGGUUAUGGCAUCCAAACCGCCUCUGUCGCCCCCUUCCUGCUUUCUGCUUGCACUAGUGCCUGUCUGUAGAUGGCGUCCACUGUUAGCCACAUCAUGUGUGCCGUCUACAACAAGGUCAUGUCCAUUGACCAAUGCAAAGCCAAGCAGGCCUUGUUGAUAUGAUUCCCCUUCCCUUCACGUUUAUUAGAACUACUGCACCUUUUUAAUGAAGGAUAAUGAAUUAUAUCUGUGGAGCAGCUGCUUCAAACCAAACAUGCGGAGCUCAGUCGUCAGAGAUGUACUGUGUGUCCUCACUAGUUCAUUUUUUUACAUUAAAGUCCUCAAUAUUCACCA